GCGCAUUCAGAACACAAAGUCAGUGCCCUGCAGAUGGUGCUUUCUUGCCUUUCCCUCUCCGCCUCAUUCGUUCUAGUGGGAGUGCAGGGGCAGCAUCUCCGAAUCUAACAGUUUAAGAACAUCAAUCCAAAACAAGAGGACACGGACUCUGACUGCCAAGUGUUAAUUGUUUCGUCCGCUGGUUACCGCAGUCUUGAGUAGAGCGGUCCCGGGAAGCUUUAUUUGUCAGCGUGCACUUCAAUUUCCCUGAAUAUUUCCGCCGAGCCAAGCUGUCAAAUAAAGCUGACAUUAACAAGAGAGCACUCGCUAUUACGCUCAUAACCUCGGAGCUUAAUCACGGAUAGCACCGGACGGAUAGCGGUGUUGGAUGUCUAUCGCAUGACAGGACUUCGCUAAUAUCACAACACCUUGCUGCAGGAUUUGCACUUCGUUGUGCUGUGCUUACCUAUUAAGAAUGGGGAUCACCGUGGUUUUUGUCCUGUGCGUCCUCACCAUGCCGGUUUUCGGAGCCGGCGACGCGAUCGCUAAACCCAGGAGUUGUGCGGAUGUCAAGCAGUUCUACGCUGGCAAGGGUUUCAAUGUUGCCGGACUUCCACAGAGCGAAAUCUCCGGUGAGCACUUGCGUAUCUGCCCUCAGGGCUACACCUGCUGCACCAGUGAGAUGGAGGAGAAGCUGUCCAACCUGAGUCGCGUGGACUUCGAGCGUCUGGUGAAGGAGGAGGGACGCUCACUGCAGAUCACCCUGAACACCCAGUACAAGAGCUUCGACAGUUACGUGCUGGAGCUGAUUAACCGCUCGGAGAGCACGCUGGCCCAGACGCUGGGUCCGCAGUACCAGCCUAACCUGCGCGUGCUGCAGGACCUGUUCAGCGAGCUGCGCCGAUACUACCGCGGCGCCAACGUCAACCUGGAGGAGGCGCUCAACGAGUUCUGGGUCAAGCUGCUGGAGCGCCUGUUCAAGGCGGCCAACCCGAAGUACGCGCUGACCGACGACUACCUGGAGUGCGUCACCAAGCAGUCGGAGACGCUGCGACCGUUCGGUGAGACGCCACGCGACGCCCAGCAGAAAGUCACGCGCGCCUUCGUGGCCCUGCGCACCUUCAUCCAGGGCCUAGUGACCGGCGGGGAGGUCACCCGCAAAGUCUCCCAGGUGCCACUGAGCCAGGAGUGUGAGCGCGCCCUGAUGAAGCUGAGCUACUGCCCCCAGUGCCGCGGCAUGGCCUCAACCAAGCCCUGCAACCUCUACUGCCUCAACGUGCUCAAGGGCUGCCUGGCCAACCAGGCCGACCUGGACACAGAGUGGAGGAACCUGGCAGACGCCAUGUUGAAGAUUGCCGAUCGCAUCAAGUCUACUGCCAUGGACAGGGUCAUCCAGUCCAUCCCUGUGUACAUCUCAGAGAGCAUCACCUACCUGCAGGAGAAUCAGGCAGUGUUCCGCAGCAAGGUGUUCCAGGCCUGUGGGCAACCCAGUGAGAAUGGAGAUGCCAGCACUGACCCCGCAGAGAGGACCCUGCCCACGGUGGAGAAGCCCAGCACCACCACCUCGCCCACUAGCGAGAAACUGGUCAACGACGUGUCGGACAAAGUGAGAGCCAUGAUGGAGCACUGGGUGAUCCUUCCUAGCAGGCUGUGCGCGGACCGUGUGGCCUCCGGGACGUCCGCCGAGGACAGCUGCUGGAACGGCUCGAGCCGGGGCAGGUACCUGCCAGAGAUGAUGGGUGAUGGCCUGGCCAGCCAGAUUAAUAACCCUGAGGUGGAGAUUGACAUCACCAAGCCAGACAUGACCAUUCGCCAGCAGAUCAUGCAGCUGAAGAUCAUGACCAACCGCCUGAAGAACGCCCUCAAUGGCAACGACGUCGACUUCCAGGACACCAGUGAUGACAUGAGUGGCUCAGGCAGCGGGGUGUGUAGUGACGAGUCGUGUGUCCCCAUCCCUGAGAUCCCCAUGACCAAGACAGUCCAGCCCAAAGAAGCGGCCCCGUUCGAUGAACGCGUGCGGGGCGCAGCCACCCUCAACCUGCCUUGCGUCGCACUCACCUGCCUGCUCUCAUUGGUCACGCUGCUGCUUAGGCGAUAAUUGGCAGACAUCUCCACCAAUGGGGGGACUGAGGUUGGGGGGGAAAGGGAGGAUGAAUGAGGGGGAGGGAGGAAAGGGCUGGGUUAGUUACUUUGCCAAAAAAUACAUUGAAAACAAACAAAAAAGGUAACAAAAUGAAUGGACUCCUUUUUGUCCCCGAUCAAGAACAGAAAGGAAUAUCGUUAGGAUUUCUUUUUUUGUUCUUUCUUCGUCUUCUUUUUUUUUCUAAAUAUGGCACGACUAGAGCUGGUCUUUUUGGUGGUCUUUUUGUUUCUGGUGUUUGGGUUCCUUGAGGGGGAAAAAAAAAACAACAAAUCUGUACUUAGAAAUGUUCAUCAAAACCUUUAGAAAUAGAUCUCUGUAUACUUAAACCAAGUAACCACACCAUGGGAGAGCUUCUUUGUAGUGCUGAGCCAAAUUUUCAUUUUUGUGUGGGGUUUUUUUGCUCCUCAGUAAUACAGGCUUUAAGAUUGUUUAUUUAUUAGUUUUUAAAAAGGGAGAACAGCAGAGUUCUACAUCCAAAGCCUUUUUUUCCUAUUCCUUUAAAAUUGUGAUUGUAAGAGCGCAGGCCCUUAAAAUUCACCCAGAAAAUCUAGUCUUCUGAGUAGGCCCAAAUUGACCAUUAUAAUUUGACUCAUCAGUCCACUCGGGCUUCUUAAAGCAGACAACUUUGGACUGUAAGCACAUUUUCCUUGUCGGUAUCUUCAGGUCCACUUGAUGUGGGCAGUCAGAGUACAUCCAAAUGAUACACACUUUGGAGAAUGUGUGUGAAUCCUGAAGAGUGCAGUCCUGAAUUUUGGGGACAUUUUGGAUUGAAAACCUAAAUUUUAGCUCAGCGCUAUCAGUGAGCAGAUAGAAGAACAGGCUUGAAGAACGGAUGUGGUUGUCUCGUGUGUAAAACACGCUCGCACCAUCUGACAAGCUGAAAAGCUUAAAAUGUGUGCCGUUCUCUCAAGAUUGGUUUGUUUUCUCAAGGCUGAGAGCGACGCGUUCGUGUGUGUGUGUGUGUUUGUGUGUCAGUGUGCAUAUAUGUAUGUGUUUGUGCAUGCACACAUGCGUGUAUGUGUGUGUGCGUGUGUAUGUGUGUGUGUGUGAGAGAGAGAGUUUGUCUCGUCCAGAAGCUCUAGGUUUGUGCAGCUGAGGGAGCUGGGGACCCAAGUGUUGAGAGCUCUGUAGGCCAGUUCAAAGACCAUCAGUAGGCCAGGACAGAACCGCAAAUGGAACACACAGAACAGGAACACUGUCCCAGCUCAGCGAACCCCCCAGUGGAGGCAGGAGAACGCACUGCACUGUAGAACCACUUCUCACAACAACAAGAAAAAAACAAUGUGUAAAUGCUUCUGAUUUGCUUUUUUGAGUUAGAUAAAUUAGGGAUUAUAAAUAUGUGAUGACAAAAUGAAAUCUGUAUUUCUCUCUUUCUCGCUCGCUCGCUCGCUCUCUCUCUCUCUCUUUCUCUUUUUUUGUUUUGCUUCCCAUUCUUUGUAACAUUCUCCUGUGUGAUGCCAAAAUGCAAACUUGGUCUCCCUGAUAAUUCACAGGCAUGCACGCCACAAUGUUUGAAAAACUAUACUGCAAUGUGAGAAUGUUUUUGUACUAGUUUGUUGCAGAGAGUCUGUCAGUGGAACAGAUGCAAGACAGGAUGGGAAAGGGAUAUGUGUGUGUGUUUUAAUCCUGAUGGGUACUAAGGCUUUGUGAGAUCUAUCCCUUUUGUGGAUGGGGAUUUUGUGGAUGAUAGCAAGAGUGUUUGUGUGUGUGUGUGUGUGUGCUUGUGCUUAUAUAUGUGUGUGUGUCUGAGUGCAUGUGUGCAAUAGAUCGUUUUUGCUGCACAUGUGUAGAAAUGUAUGGCAGAGUAUGACUGUGCUUGUUCUUGAGUCGCUGUAGACUUUGAUGUCGAAAGUGGCAGAAAUAUGACUAACACAAGAGGUGCUUGGAAGCGCGGGGAAGCCUAGACAUGACUGCGUCAGACCGCGCCGGAGCCCAUCAUGGGGCUGCUGGGUUGAGUGCAGCCCGUCCUCCUGGCAGGUGCGUUAACAGAUGGCACACAGUGUGUGACGCGUGUGUGUGUGUGUGUGUGUGUAAGUGUGUGCGUGUGUGAUGCCCUUCCCUUCGGGCACUGCCACUGAGCAUGUGGGCUUUUGUAUCGUGGCACAGCACAGCCACCUAGCCCAUGGGUACAGAAAGUGCCCCCUGCUGAUCUCCGCCUUGACGCAGUGCUGGCGAGAUCUGACCCCCUCCGGUCAGCGUGCGCUUGGGAUGCGUUUGAAAGAGGGAACUCUAAUGACCUAGUGCUGGGGUCCCUGGUGUGAGCUGACUGUGUCAGCUUCUUGCAGUAUUUCCCCAUUGCGACAUUCCAAGGCAAAUUACGUAUGGGAAAAUAAAAAACAAACAAACAAACAAACUAACAAAAAACACAAACAAGAUGUAACUUGUUACGUUUCAUACCAAUGGCUGUCCCUCUCUUUGUCUGUCACAUCUCACUGUCAUUGGCUGACAAUUUGCACAACCUCUGUCCCUUUGUCCUAUUUCACCCCCCAGCACCCCCACCCUAACCCCAGCCCCGAUCCUAAAGUUCAUUUCAAUUGCUGCACUUUUCAUGACGCAUGUGGCCUCCCUGUCCACGGGCUGGCGUCGGCUGCAUAACAGCAUCACAGGAUAGGGGAUCAAUACUUGAGAAGCACCCUGCAGAAAGAUCCAUCGAUCGGGACUCCCGAUUUAUGUAUGCGGACAGUACAGGGGUUGAUGGAUGGCGAGAACCGCUCCACUCGGAGACAAAACUAAAGAGCAGUCGGAGACCAGGGGCCCAGUAAGCCCCCUGACCCCUCCCCCCCACCUCUGUCUAAUGUUGAAUGUGGCAGGCAUUUAUGAAAUGUGCCGAAUUUGUUUUGUUUUUCUUUUGAGAAACCAUUCUGAUAUAUAUAUUUUUUCUUUGUCUUCUGUUUUGUCGUUUUAAUGAGGAAAAAAAUGAUAAAUGAAACAUUGGUUUGUUUUCAUAGCCACAACAGUGCAAGGAAAUGAGGUUGGAGAAGAAAAAAAAAUUGAAAAUUAUGUGUCAGUUGCUGUUGUAUGUUCCUGAUACCUUGUGUCAAUUAUAUACGUCAUUAAGAUUUUCAAGA